AUGGCCUACGAGCCUCGUGGAGACCAGAAUGAUCGCGGUGGUGGCGGCCAAGGGCAGGAUGGAGGCUUUGUCAAAGUCAGAGGUCGACGACCCGUGACCGACUACAGCUCAACGAUAAUUCAUUGGCAGCGCAAUAGAGUGCCCAAUUACAAGGGCGCUUACAUUGGCGAGGCUGAGCGGCCCAGCCCAAGCUACAUUAUUGAUAUGCUGCCGCCUAUCGCAAGACCAACGAACCCGGCAGACACCAUUCCGGCCAAGCAUCUGCACUCAUCCCUCAAUAAGAUCAAGCACCCUGUAAAUGUGGUGCGGUGGACUCCAGAAGGCCGGCGUCUUCUCACAGCCUCGACCAGUGGUGAAUUCACACUCUGGAAUGGUACAGGAUUCAACUUUGAGACGAUUAUGCAAGCGCAUGACUCGGCGAUUCGCGCGCUCGAGUACUCCCACAGCGACGACUGGCUCGUCUCUGGCGACCACGAUGGCCUGAUCAAAUACUGGCAGCCCAACUUCAACAAUGUGCAGAGCAUCAAUGCGCACUCGGAUCCGAUUCGCGACUUGGCAUUCAGCCCCAACGAUGCCAAGUUUGUCACGGCAUCCGACGACUCUACGCUAAAGGUAUUUGACUUCGCCCUGGGAUCGAUGGAGACGAAACUCGAAGGUCAUGGCUGGGACGCUAAAUCGGUCGACUGGCAUCCGACGAAAGGUCUCCUCGUCUCGGGAUCCAAAGAUCACUUGGUCAAGCUGUGGGACCCGCGAUCCGGUCGCUGCUUGACCACUCUCCAUGGGCAUAAGAGCACAAUCACAAAGGUUCUGUUUGAGAGAGUACGAGGCAGCUGCCUGGCCACCUCGGCACGAGACCAGACGGCCCGUGUGUUUGACCUGCGCAUGAUGCGGGACAUUUGCUUGCUCAAGGGGCACGAAAAGGACAUUUCUACGGUCGCCUGGCAUCCUGUCCACGCCAACUUGCUGUCCACCGGCGGCAUGGACGGCUCACUAUUCCACUACCUCCUUGACUCACCCAACACACCUCCUGGUCAGCAACUCACUGUGGCGCCGUACGACAGCCCGGACCCGACGACGACCCCAGCACAGUCCAUCUGGCCAACACACAAACUGUCAUUCGCGCACGACUACGCCAUUUGGUCGCUCGAUUGGCACCCGCUCGGCCACAUCCUGGCGUCGGGCUCAAACGACAGAAUCACGCGUUUCUGGACUCGCGCUCGCCCUGGUGACGCCGAAGUCUUCCAGGACCGCUACCACAUUGGUGAAGCGGCGGCCGAGGCGCAGGGCACAUGGGACCGCCGCGGUAACCGCCGGCAGCGACAGGAAGAAGAGCAGCAGGAAAUCGAAGACGAGAUGGAUGCUCUUGUCGACCAGGAUGCGCAGCGGCCAGCCGGUGGCGCUGGCGCCUCUUUGCUGCCUGGAAUCCCUGGUCUCCCGCUUGGUGGCGGCAGCAUCGUGCCUGGAAUAGGAUCGGCCGUGCCGCCGCCUCCUCUGAUCCCCGGCGUUGGAGCCAAUGGCCAUAUUCCCCCACCCGGCCAGUUCCCCCCGCCUCCAUUCUCCCUGCCCGGUAUGAACGGCGUCCCGCCGCCGCCCCUGCCGGGCCUCGACCCCAACAACCCGCCGAACCCGAUGCAGCUGCUCGAGAUGAUGAAAAAGGCCGGCGUGCCGCUUCCGCCGCCGGGCCAGCUGCCGCCUGGGCUCAUCCCACCCCCUGGUGCUGGCGGCAUGCCUAUCCCGCCGCCACCGAUGCCCAUGGGCAUGGACAAAGGCGGCGAUGCCGGCCGACGACGGGCUCCUCUGCCAAGCCAGGAAGACAGCCUACGGGAAGAACAGCGGCAAGGCAACUACAAGCGCAUACGUUAG